AAAUUAUUAUCGUUGAUAAAUGAUAACUACAAAACAUCAGCAAUCACAACUUUUACCAACUAAAGGUUUAGGAUCAAUCAUUUAGCUUACUUGCAUUGUGGAUACAAAAUGAGCCAACGAAGAAGUAGAGCUUCGAACGAGGUCGACUUAUCACCGUUACAAGACGCAAUAAAAGAAUGUGUGAGGUUUGUCGUCUGCCGUGAAGGCAGCAAGUUACCGAUCAAGAGGGCUGAAAUAAUAAAACACAUCAAUACCAAUAAUCAAACUCCAGCAAACCAAGUAAACGUCGUAAUAGUUGAGGCAAAUAAGAUACUGAAACGUGUGUAUGGGUACAAGCUGGUGCAAGUUGAGGCUAAGAGUGGUAUUCAAUACAUAGUAGUAUUGGACGAGCCCUGUCAGGAUGCACCAUUGUCUAAUGCAGUAGACCCGCAUCAACGGAAACUACUAGUUGCUGCUCUUACACACAUUUACAUGACAAACGGACCAGUGAAAGAAGAAGACAUGUGGAAAUUUCUUGAAGAAGCAAGUUUGUUGGAAGAAAAUGAUCAUGCUGGGAGAAAAAUAUUAACCAACACUUUUACUAGGCAGAUGUACUUACGAUAUCAUAAGAUAGGAGAGGGAGACCUAGCUAAGUAUGUAUUUGAAUGGGGACAAAGAGCGGAAGAGGAAGUUCCAAAAAUGUUUUUAUUGAAUAAAAUGGCUGAGGCAUUGGAAAAAGAACCCAACCAUUGGUAUGAACAAUUCAAAAUAGCUACGGAUCAGCAAGCUCCUGCAGAAUAGUUAGGUAUAUAUGUACUUAUAAUCUAU